UCACUUGCUGCAUUCACUAAACCAACACCAAGCCCUCUUGCUUCUUGGCGUGCAUCAAGGAUACGCCGAUGCUAAAACAACCAUUGAAUUACAAAUCAGGGAGGAAAGGGUAAAAACUUUGCGAAAUUUCAGGAGAUCAUACAGGCUUUCCUUCAGUUUUGGCUCUUUGAAUAUUUCAGUUUCACAUGCAAGACGAAAACCAAACAACCCACCAAGGAGAAGAGAAGAGAAGAGAAGGAAAGGAGAAAACCUUCUUGUCAUUAAUUUGGAAAUCUUUUGGUAGCUACAAUGGUAGAAGAUGCUGGAUUGGUUACAGAAAUUGAUGAGAAGCGUGAUGAUGAUAAUAAGCAUAAACAUAAGCAUUCAUCUUCUUCUUCUGAUUCUGAGACCGAUAACUUUUCCAUCCUGAAUGCUGUUCGCAAGAACCGCCUCUUUGGCCGUCAGAAGCCUCUCCAUUUGGUGCUAGGCGGUGGAAAAUCUGCUGAUAUCAUUCUAUGGAGGAACAAGCAAGCCUCAACUGGUGUUUUUUCUGCAGCGACCGUCAUAUGGCUUCUCUUUGAAUGUGCAGGUUACCAUUUGCUUACUUUUGUUUGCCAUUCUCUCAUUCUCACUCUGGCAACCCUCUUCCUGUGGUCCAAUUUAGCCUCCUUCGUCAAUAUGUCACCUCCAGAAUUCCCCAAGGUAACCCUGCCUGAACACCUGUUUGUGAAUAUUCUUCUUUGCCUCAGAGCUGAAAUCAACAAGGCUUUUAUAACCCUUCGGGACGUAGCUUCUGGCAAGGAUUUGAAGAAAUUUCUAUCGGUAUUACAACGUUCCCAUUCCCUGCUAGGCUUUGCAGAGUUUGUUUUUCUCAAAUGACUGAUAUGGGAUUGCACUUUCUUUUAUUCUCAGGUGAUUGGGACGUUGUGGAUUGUUUCUGUUGUUGGCGGUUGGUUCAGUUUUUUGACCCUCUUUUAUUUGGUGUUUGUGAUGCUGCUGACAUUGCCAAUGCUGUAUGAGAAGCACGAAGAUGACGUCGACACAUAUGCAGAGAAGGCUUGGGUUGAAAUUAAAAAACAGUACGCAGUGUUGGAUGAAAAGUUUAUCCAGAAGAUCCCAAUACUGACUUCUCAGAAAAAUCAAAAGCAGCAUUAAGAAUAAUGUUGUAGCACCAUAGUUUAGCAGCUUCUCCCUACGUUUUUACAAUAGAUGUUCAUUGAAGACUAUUACAAAAACUAUUCCCCCCUUCCCCCACCAAAAAAAAAAAAUCUCUUUCUAAGAAGAAAGCAGAUGUUAUACCUAGGAAAGGAUAAUUUACAGGGAUGCACUGUUUCUUCUUCCCAUCAAAGCUAUUCAUGUAUAUGUGAAUUUUCAGGUAUUUGAGACUGGAAUUGUUGAAGUUUUGAAGCUAAUUUACUAUAAGCCAUAA